CGCCGCCCCGGACCGCCCUCGCAUCCCUCCCUCCUGCGCUCCCUCCCUCCCUCUCUCCCCGCCCGCCGCGCACACACACACACAGAUACACCGGCCGCAAGAUGAGGGGCGGACGGACAGACUGACGGGCUGGGGCGCCGCUGCUCCGCACGGAUUAUUCGCCGCGCGCCGAGGGAGGAAGGCGCCGGAGAGCGCCGACCCAGCGACCCGCAGCGGGGCGGGGGCGGCGCCGCGCUGCGCUGCCAGGGCGUCCCCAGCCCCCGCCGGUGGACGGCGAGCGCGUCGGGCGCUGGAGGAGCCCGGCCAGGUUAAUUUAUUGGCUGUGAGGAACCACGGAUACUUUGUGCCCUGAUGGGGGACUCAGGAUCCAGACGAUCGACUCUCGUAUCUCGGUUGCCAAUAUUCAGGAGAAGUGUUAGCCGGAGACACGACUCCCUUCCUUCCUCACCUUCUUCUGCUAAUGCCAUUGGUGUCCACACCUCCUCCCCAUCCAGCACGAACUCCAGCUCAGGGAGCACAGGAAAGCGCCGGAGUAUUUUCCGUACUCCUUCCAUUAGCUUCCAUAACAAGAAAGGGAGUGAGCAGAAGCAUGAGUCAGCUAAUCAAAAUGUUAACAUCUCAAAUGGUACCCAGUCCUCUCUCAACACUUUUCAAAAACUCAGCUUAGAGGAGCACAUAAAAAGCAGAGGAAGACAUUCAGUUGGCUUUGGCAGCUCACGUAGCAAAAAGAUAACAAGGUCUUUGACAGAUGACUUUGAAAAGGGAAAGGAGCCCUCAGCUAAUAAAAACGUCUUCAUAAAUUGCAUAAGCUCUGGGAAGAAUGAGGGUGAUGAUUCCGGCUUUGCAGAGGAGCAGAGCCGAUAUUCUGUCAAACAGUCCACGCGAAAACUUCUCACUAAAUCUUUUUCAUCACACUACAAAUUUUCCAAACCAGUUCCAGAGAGUCAGUCAGUUUCCUCUGUGCAGCAGUCCAGGUGCUUGCUGGAAGUUAAAUCCUAUGUGGAAAGUGAACCUGUGAUUGCCAAGUCCUCUCCUCCAUGCUCAGCUGAGACAACAGAGUGCAUGGGAAGCUCCUCGCAGUCCCCGCUGCUCUCAGCUGACCUCACAGCUGCCCAGACCCCCUCUGACUUUAUCGCCCUGACAGAGGAUUCUGUUUCAGAGGUUGAUGCUCUGCCCAGCAGUGGGCCUGGUGCGCUGCUUGCAGAGGAUUUUGGCCAUGAUGUCUCUACCUCGCACAUCUUCUUUAAUCCUGAUGCUGCUUCUGCGAGGGAAACGGAUCUUGUGGAAAGUACUGUCCAUUCUGCUGGUGUAUCUCCUGCAAGUCACACGAGCUCAUGUAGUGGUGGAUCUAAUACCUUAUUUAAAACCUCAGCUGCUAAUCAAGCAAAAGUACUGCUGCAAGCCAAUGGACUGCAUAUUCAUGAUGCCAGGCACAUAGAAAAAAUUAACGGGGACAGCGCACAUUUAGAAACCUUGGCGUUACAACGUAGCGAAGAACCAGUGAUACUCUCUCCAAAGGCACGGGUGUUGAGUGGGGACAGAGAUGAGAGAACUCCUUCCAAGCACAUGAGAGACACAAUUCCUGUAACAGAGUCUAAGAGUGUUCCAUGUUCUGAACCUCAGUCCUUUAAAACACAGCAGGGUUAUGAAACGAACAAUCCUAAAGCUGAUCUUGCCAAUAGCUUCAGUCCGUGCCGAGAAGGCAGAUUUGUUGAGAAAAGGUUGAGAUCCUCUUCAGAAGGUACUGCUGGAGGCAGUCGACUGAUCAUAAAGCCAAAGGAUGGAAAUGCAGAGGAGGUGAACAGCCUACGGAAGCAGAGGGCAAGCUCGUCCUCUUCAAAAAUGAACAGCAUGGAUGUUUUGAAUAACUUGGGUUCCUGUGAGUUGGAUGAAGAUGACCUAAUGCUUGACCUGGAGUUCCUAGAAGAACAACAUCACCAUCGUUCUGUUUGCCGGGAAGACUCGUACCAGUCAAUAGUCUCAUGUGCUGCUGUAGUACUUACGCCUGUAGAGCCUACGGUGGAUACAAGGAAAAAAGAACAGAUGAUAAUGCCAGAUGUGUCCAAACAGAAUCUGUCUCUGAAGCUGUCAAAGGAGGUAGACCAAGGAGAAGCCAGGUACCCUCGUGUUAGCCAGCUGGCUGGCAGCCCAUCCGUGGAGUGGCCUUUCACCGGUCUAGAAGAAGGCGGAGGCAUUGAGUCUUUACCCUUCAGGUUGAUGCUACAAGACUGCACAGCUGUAAAGACAUUGCUUCUGAAAAUGAAGAGGGUUCUUCAAGAGAGUACAGACAUGAGUCCAGCAAGUAGCACCACCUCACUCCCUGUUAGCCCUCUCCCUGAAGAGCCAUUAUUUUUCAAGGAUGGAAUAAAAGAUGAAUGCUCGGUGCUGAAGCUGCAGCUGAAGGAGAGAGAUGAACUCAUAGCCCAGCUUCGUGAGGAGCUGGAAAAGGCUCAGUGCUUUCAGAAGGCUCUUGCUUCCCAAGCAGAUAAAUCCACGCAGACAGAACUUGUAUGCCAUGAUACUACAUAUCCAAUCAGAACAGUGAGCCAAAAUCUCAGCACAAGGGACAGAAAGUCAGCACAUACUCCCACCGAGGACCCUUUUAGACACCCAUCAGGCAACCAAGCAGCAGCCUACGAAAGCAAGAGCUGUCAGCUGUCUAAUUUGUGUCUGAGCAACCUCCUAAAAGAGAAGGAGAUCGUGGAAGUCAUCAAGCAUACUAGAGGCACGUAUGAAACCCUCGCUUCAGAGGUCACCCAGAAUGGUUUGGCUGUCACGGCACCGAGUACAGACAAGCCAGCGUCCAAGGCAGACAGCUAUCCAAUGUUCUCAGGGGCUCCAAAAGACCAAAUUGCUGUACCUCGGCAGCACACCACCUUCACAGGGAGACUUGGACAGCCUCCGAGGGGACCCAUCUCUUUACACAUGUAUAGCAGGAAAAAUGUUUUCCUCCACCACAAUUUACACACAGCAGAGCUACAGACUUUAGGUCAGCAAGAUGGCUAACAAGGUGCUCAUAUUCUUGCCGUGGAAGGAGAGUUGAUUAAGGAGGAACGUAAGCUCGCCUAGAACUCAGUCUUCACUUCUCAUGUUGUUGCUACUUUCAUGUGAAAAAAAUAAAGUGAAAAAUUUAACAUUGUCUGUAGGUUCCACACUUUCCCAUCUGGGACUGAGGCAAAAGGAUGAAUGAGAUUGUUAAAUAACUAGCCUGAUUUGUCAUGCAGAAGUCACCAUGGGUAUAAUAAAUGGGACCAUUUGACUGGCACUGCUAGUCCAAUAUUGGCAAAGUAUUUUUUCCCCUCUAUAAGUCACUAUCAUUCCUGAAAGUUCUAGAAGAUGAUCUUUAAUAAUAUCAUGUAUGUUUAAUAAUAUUACUGUUAAAGUAGAUGUGAGGAAUGAAUAGAUAAGUAAUUACUAAACCCUCUUGAAUUUUAUAGAGACUAGGGAAAUAAGGAGUCAGAAAUCUUAAAGGACCCUCUUUUUACACUUUUUUUAAAACAGUGAUAUUUGCUGACUUGUAGACGUGUUACCACUUCCUGCUGUAUGCGUUCUAUGAGUGCCUGGUGCCAUCAAAAAUGGGUGAAAGACAAAAGAGGAGUCUUAUUACCCAGGCCAAAUUACCUGCAUAAGUCGAAAUUUCUGUAGGCUGUGUCAUCUGCACUUAAGAACCCAGUUUAUACCAACUCAUCAGGUUUGCUAGUCUUGACAUAUUACACACAAGUGAGAUUAAUUUAAUGCCUGGUCUCACAGGGGUGUGAAAUCAUCUGAUCACACCAUAGAACUUGCAGACCUGUCAGUAGCAAAAGAUCUGGUUUUCCCCUCUCAGAAGUCUUGAAAACAGGCAUCUGAGUCAAGUUACUCCAAACACGUGGCAUAUACUAAACACUACACUUAGUUUACAAUCUCUCUGAUGGAGGGUAAUCUGUUUGAAUUAUAAAAGGACAUACAGUUAGUAGUUUAUAAAUAAUCUGGCACAUGUAAGUACGAUUGAAGCAGAUCUGAGACAACUCCCCUCUCUCAUAACUGGUGAUUAAUUAAAGAAAGCCAGGGGCGCAGCACAUUCUCACGCAAAGACACAGGCUAGUGUGACUUAACAGAAAUAGCAUAUAAUGAAAAACAAAGUUUUUAUAGCCACUAAAAAUCUGUAACUUUUGAAAGGUAAGUCACAUAGAGCGUAUAAAAUGAAUUAAUGAUCCAAUUUUACCUAGUGUUAAAUAUAUCUGCUUCACUACUUAAUAUUUAGAUUAACACAAGGGUUGGUUAGAUUAAGAAAAAAAAAAGACUAUGAGCUUGGCAGAUAUUCUGAAAUUUCAGGCUUCUGUUUAUUGAGGAAUUUAUUUUGGUUAGAGCCAAUUUUAUUACAUUAUCUGAUGUUGAAGAGAGCAGGUUGUGUCUAAAUAUUCUGUAGUGAUAAUUUUGGGUAUCCAGAGAUGGAUACAUAAGAAUGAAGACAAAUGUUUGCCAAAAUUCUUCAUGUUCAUGUGUACAUUGCUACUGCCAAAACAGAAUGUGCAAAAAUUGCAAACACAGCUUGACCGCAUUAACUGUGGGUAUUCGAGACUCCCAGUUCUUCAUUGCAGCUCAUAAUUUAAAGUCUACCAAAAAAAUUAAAAAUAACAGUAAGAGAAUUUUGCUACUGAGAAUCACUUUUUGUUCUGAACAAUCUCUUAAUGUCAUGGUAGAUUCAGAGGACAGUUGAUUCUUAGUAACAAUUCAUUUCAGUCUUGCUUGUCUCAAAAGUUGAUGUAUGCAAUUAUAUUUCAGAUCUGUAAAUAAAUCAAACAUACGCUGUAAUCAAGGAUUUUUUUUCCAGGAUACUCAUGUACUAUACUGCAUUAAAAAAAAAAAAAAAAAAAAGGAAGAAAGAAAAAAAGUAGUCAAAAAAACCCACCCCAAACCAUUGCAUAUGUACUAUAUCAAUAGUUGUUUUUUUCCUGGAAAAAAUGGACUUUUGGAUUACACUUUAUUAAAAAAAAAAAUCCAUCUAUAAAUUUCAAAAAUAACAUUUUAAAUGCUACUAUUUUCUUGGAGAAUCUUUUAUAGAGCUGAAACUUAAAAAAAAACCUGGAGAAAACAGUUCAAUGAAAGUGAAGAAUAUUUUUAAACUGUCAUCUUGAAGCUGUUUUGUAUCAGUAUUUUCAGCAUUGUUAUUUGUAAUACUAAGUGUAAAUCUCACCCAGGGAAGGGUAUUAGCCACAUGUUAAUGUAUAGUACAGCAGUAACUGUAAAACAGGGGUCCUUUCUUUGAUCCUCUUGUGUAUAUAGUAAAUCAUAAAGCAACAGCAUGUGGACAUUCUUGCAGUGAAUUGAUUCCUUUGUACUAAAAAUCUCUAGUUUUUUAAGAGUUCCAUGUAUAAAAUGAUUUAUACAUUUCUCCAAGGCUGUACAUAUCCAAAGACAUGACACCAGGGGGAAAAGGCAUUUAUUGUUUUUUUUCCGUGGAUGUACCUUUUUUCCCUUUUUUUUUAUUUUCUGUUUCUGUACAACAAAGCAUAACUGCAAAGUUUCUGCUUAAAAUUACUUCUUGUUAGUUCCACGUCUUUUAGUGUGAUAGAGGGCAAUUUAAGGAGGAAAAAAUCCCCGAAGAAAUACUCUUUACAUUUGAAGCAAUGUCUGUCCCAUUUUUUAAAAAAAUCGCUUGGCAAAAGGAACCUUAGAUCUGUGCCCUAAAUAUUUUUUUAGUAAUUUAAUGGAGCCACACCUGAAAUGGCUUAUCAUCUCUAGACUUAUCCUUACUUCCCUUACUAGAGUGCUUCUACAGGACAUUGUUUAUAAGGUACAAUAACACACUGGAGCCAGCACUGGUCAUAAAUUGUUGAGAUGGAAGGAAAACACUUGUCCAGUACUGUUUUUACAUUUGGCUUUCAGAGCAGUGGAAAGGGUUUUUUUGGUGUACCUUGUGCAUGUGAAUGAAGCUCAAGCUGUGUGCUUGUGCGUACUGGAAAGAGAAGUCUUACUACAAACCUCUCCGGUAUUUAGGCUGUUUAGCAGCAUAUGAAAUCAUCCAGCAACAUCAAUUUCUGCCACCUUUCAAGACAGACCAGGGUUCUAUAUGUUAAAUUAAACAGCCAGAAUACAUUCCUUUACUUCAAUACAGACUCUUACUGCUUUUCAUUCCAAAUUAGGUGCAUGCGCGUAAAUGUUAGAAGGGCUUUCCUUACAUGAUUUUUUUUCCUGGAUAUUGUGAGAGUGUAUAUCCAGACUAAAAUGUUCACAUGAUGAUUAGAUAAGCAUUUGAAAACUUACCAAAAUAUUCAUGUUUGUCCUACAAGUUCAUUACAGUCACUACCUAAAAAUUGGUAUUUUUCGCUUUUCUAAAAGCCAGUUUGGAAGUAGUGAUUUCUGUCUGUGCUGAUUCACUUUGAACUGUUAAAUAUGGUGCAAACCAAUAUAACUAAGGUAUUUACAAAUCAGUACUGUAAUUUAUACGCCAUUAAAGUUGUGCCAUAUCUCCACUGGGUUGAUUGGUAUGACAUUGACUUCGAUUAGAGUAUACUAAGUUAAGUCACCUGAUGAUUGGGAUUGUGGCCUUUAAUCCGAAAUAGUCUCACUGUACGCACAGGGCACUCUGAAUUUGGAAAUCUUUCCUAGUUCACAAAAAGGACAAGAAUAUAUUUUACCUAGCAAAAAUGCCAGAUCACAAUCAAUGGUGAAUGCACUUUUUUUUAACCUUCUCAUUCAAAAGCAAAAAUCCCCUUAAAAGCCUUUGUAUUAUCUACAUAGGUCAUAAGUAGAGUAACAUCUAACAAAAUGUUGAAAUAAAUACCUGGAAAAAAAUAUAAGUUGUGCUAUAACACACAGAGGUUAUAGAACAGAAAAUACUCCGCUGAGAAGAUUUUUCUAUUGCACAAAUUACAUCUCCUUAUAUUCUGUGUUGUGACCCUUUCUGUGUCUUUCUGGAUUUUAUAAACAUUUCUUUUAGGCGUGGACUUGUGAUGACUAAGUAGACAGGUUGCACUCCUGUGUUAUUUCUGCUUUAAGAAGGCUCUGCUGGAUAUUUUUUUUUUAAUAUCUCACCAUUAAAUUAAUAUUUUCUCCCAGAACUGUUGUGCUGCUGGUGUAGUAGUAAGUACAUUCACAGAAAAUGUUCCCUUCCUAACUGUGAGGGCUCCAGCUGCUUAGAGCUGGUUUACAUCUACCCAAAACUGGUCAAAAUUACUUAAGCACUUGCAUAAACAAAUACAUUGCAGGAUUUGAGCCUGCUUUUGUCACAUUGAAAAGGUCCUAGUAGGGUAGUUUUUAAAUGUAUAUGGAUAUCAACAAUAGUGGUAGAAUUUUUAUUUAUUUUUAAUUUUCCAUCAUGUCAAUGCACUUUAUAUGAGGGUUUAAUAUGAACUUAUUAACUUGUAUUCUUUUUCUUGAUUUCAGCAGGGUUCAGAAUUCUCUUAAUUUACAUUAAACAUGUAAACAAUCCCAAAAAAGUAAAACCGUCAAAUCCCACUUCUUUGAAAAAGUAGCACACAAAUAAAUAAUAUUUUUUCUAACAUAAGCAUUCAUAUUUGUUGUUUGAAAGGUAUAAUGUAUAAAAAGUAGUUUUGCUUAUAUCUGCAUAUAACUAGUCUUCAAAAUGCCCACAUAAGUCAAAAGAUAAGAAACUGCCUUUGUCCAGGUUAUAGCGUUGGGCUUUGUUUGCCAAAUCAUUAAUUUAAAAAAAAAAAAAAAGCUAUUUCUUUCCCAUGGUUAAGAGUGCAAAAAAAAAAAAAAAGUUUUUGUACAUGCUCUACAGAUUCUGUGUAGAGCUGAUCAAUUUAACAGGAGAAUAUAGGCAAUCAAAGUUCUUAAUCGGUGAUGCAUCUGAUGUUGUUUCAGCAAGAGGAUCAACAGUAUAUAAAAAUCUGUGUGAGAGGAGAACAGAUGUUUUGUUGCUCAGAAAAAUCUAAUGGAAGAGUAAAGGCUGAGAGAUUAAUAACUCUUUUUCUGUUCCAGGGCUGGUCAUGCAUAGCCAUUUUCUAUGAAAUACGCUGAAGCAAUAUCUAUAAAGUAAAUCUAUUGGAAUAACAAGAAAUGAGAUAAAAUGAUCAUGUAACAGCACCAAGUAUGGUUAAGGGUACUUCCAUAAUUUGAUCAAACAGCAUCUGAGUGAAUUUACAUCUUUUUAUUACCAGGGUAUUAUCUUUAUCUGAAGGAUAAGUGCAAGCAGAACAAUGCAAUUGCAUUGUAACAUAGAAAUGGUUUAGGAAAAAAAAGAAA